CUUAAAACAAAACUUCCGAAAAUUGAGUAAAAUGAUCAUUAGCCUAAGAAACAGGGAAACGUCUUCCAUUGCAGAAAUACGAUAGACGCCGACAAAGGAGAGCUCAGUCUUCUUCUUCCUUUCUUUUGCAACAGUAAUAGCUGAAUCUGUUUUGGAGUAUGGCUUUGUUCAUUUCCAGAAGAAUCGUACGUUCAUUUGGUUCUGGUUUACCAUCAGGCCAUGUUUCCAAGGGUGGAUCAGUGUUUUGUGCUUGUCGAAUGCUUUCGACAUUAUUCUUGACCCAUGAGUCGAGUGGAGGUGGAUUUUGCUCUGAUUCAUUGUCCUUAAAGCCUCCCGGGGCUUCGGAGUGCACUACAGUGACAAAAUUUCUUGAUGAAAAGAAAGGCUCCACAACUUUGGCUAGUGAUGUUUUUGAUGCACCUAUUACGAUGGAUAUUGCUCGUCGGAUAUUUUUCUUCUUUCGUUGGCUUCAUCCAGUUGUGCUGUGGCAGUUAGCAAAAAGGCAACAGUGUUUUGGAAUUCUUGUAAAGCCAUCGAAUUGGAAGGAGAGUGGUCGAGCCAGCCAUGGAACAUUGAGUGAUCCCCAGCUCAGAGGUCUUAAGCCACGAAGUCAUACUAUUAAGAAUGUCGAACGUCUGGGAUUAAAGAUUGCUCUGACAUCUCGAGCGGCACAGGGAAAGCUUCUGGUUUUUGAGGAUUUUGAGAUCUACAGAAAUAAACCCAAGAACAUUGUGAACUACGUCAAGCAAAGACGGAAAAAGGAGAAAAAGAAGAAAAUUCUGCUGGUGGAUGGUGGUCCAAUAAGUGAAAAGCUCAAGUUGGCUACUAAAAAUUUACAUUACGUGACUGUGCUGCCUUCAAGUGAGUUGGACGUCGACAGCAUCCUUUACUAUGACACACUGGUGAUGUCCCGUGAUGCUGUAAAUAAAAUUGCUGAGCAAAUUAUGUAUACUCCAAUCAACCAUGGAUCCAGCACGACAUACUGGUGAUGUCCUGUGAUGCUGUAAACACAAUUGUUGAGAGGAUGCUAUCUAGGUUGCUGAUCCAGUCCAUUAGUUUUAAGUUUUAACUCAGAAUGGAAUGGCACUUUGAUUCUUAUAAAGAUAAAAGUGCAACACCAAAAUUGGAAAGCCAUAUAUGAAUCAGAUUUACAUCUUAAAGUUAAGCUAGAAUUUUUGCGGUUCAUUA